GGGCUGCAGUGGCCGUCACGUGGCCGAGACCAUGGCUAGAGGCAAAGCUGGAAAAGACAGCGGGAAGGCCAAGGCUAAGGCAGUGUCUCGCUCACAGAGAGCCGGGCUCCAGUUUCCUGUGGACCGCUUCCACAGACACUUGAAGACUCGCACCACAAGCCAUGGACGGGUGGGCGCCCCUGCUGCUGUGUACAGUGCUGCAAUUCUGGAGUACCUCACAGCCGAGGUGUUGGACUUGGCAGGUAACGCUUCUAAAGAUCUCAAAGGAAAGCGCAUCACCCCACGCCACUUACAGCUUGCAACCCGAGGUGACGAAGAGUUGGAUUCACUGAUCAAGGCUACCAUAGCCGGGGGCGGUGUGAUUCCGCACAUCCACAGGUCUCUGAUCGGAAAGAAGGGGCAGCAGAAAACUGCUUAGGACGUGAGUCACUGACCUGCUGUCCUCACUGUGUGUGACUGGGCAGAGGGUACCAGUCGGUGUGUGGGGAAGCAUAGACAACUGCUGUAGACAGAA